AUGAAACCAUCUAUGCGCUCUCGUCAGGCGCGGGAAGGGCAGGCAUUGCUAUAUGCUGGUGUGAGGACCCUUUUCGAACCCGGCACAGCCGGCGCAUCCUCAGAAAACAUCGUAGACUCAGAUGCUCUAGUGUUGUACUUCCCGGCUCCCAAAACCGUGACAGGCGAGGACGUCCUCGAACUCCACAUCCACGGAGGCGCAGCAACCGUAAAGGCUGUGCUGGCCGCAAUCGCAAAAUGUCCAUCAUCAAGCAAGAUCCGCUAUGCCGAGCCCGGCGAGUUCACCAGACGCGCCUUUCUCAACGGCCGUCUUGACCUGGCUCAGGUCGAGUCUCUUGGAGACACUCUUGCUGCCGAGACGGAACAUCAACGGCGCGCCGCUGUCAGGGGGACGUCGGGCAUUCUUGGCAAGACCUAUGACAGCUGGAGGGAGCAACUUCUUCUCGCGCGUGGCGAGAUCGAAGCGCUCAUCGAUUUCUCGGAGGACCAACAUUUCGACGAGUCGCCGACUGAGCUGCUCAGUAAUGUCACAAGGAUGGUGGAGGAGAUGCUGCGUUCUAUCAAGAUGCACAAGCUGGCCAGUCAGCGAAGCGAGCUGCUUCGGAAUGGUAUCCGGAUUGCCCUGUUGGGCCCUCCAAAUGCUGGAAAGAGCUCUUUGAUGAAUCAGAUAGUUGGCCGAGAGGCCUCGAUUGUAUCAUCCGAGGCAGGGACUACUCGAGAUAUUGUCGAGGCGAGUCUUGAUAUUCGGGGCUAUCUUUGCUCCUUUGCGGAUACUGCCGGCAUUCGGACGAAGGAUUCCGAGUCUGUUAACGAUUCUGAUACAUCUCCCAUCGGGGCUAUUGAGGAAGAAGGUAUCAGAAGAGCACGGCAGAAGGCGUUGGAUUCGGACAUCAUUGUUGUUUUGGCUUCUGUUGAACCAGCGAAGUCCGGUGGCCACCGGAUCAGCUAUGAUGUUGAGACACUUAGGCUAGCUGCUCAGGCAGAGCAGUGUAUGGUUGUCAUUAACAAGAGUGAUGUUGUAGACCCAGACACGCUUAACAGCCUAGUUGAAGAGUUCAAGGCUACGGCCUUGACUAGUGUGGAGGGCCUGCGCGGCAAGGAGGUGCUCACAAUAUCCUGCAAGGCUGCAGCCUCACAAGCCCCGGGUUCAACAGACCCUGGGAACAUACAUGGACUCACGGAGAAGCUUGCGCAGUCAUUCUCUGCUUUAACCUCAGUCCCGGACGGCAUGCAGCAUCUCCUUGGGGUUACAGCAAGACAAAAUCAGCUGCUGUCAGAAUGUGAACAACACCUCCUUGACUUCAUGAUGGAAGCACAGCAUCCAGAGAUGGAAGGAGAACCGGAUGUCGUUCUGGCCGCAGAGCAUCUGCGACUGGCUGCACUCAGACUUGCGGCUAUCACUGGUCGUGGUGAAUCUGGGGAUGUGGAGGAAGUCCUUGGCGUGAUCUUUGAGAAAUUUUGCGUUGGAAAAUGA